GCCUCGGCCGACGUGCGAAAGAGCUCCCCGAGCUAUCGUCGGAAAAUGGCGUCCUCGCUCGCUCUCCGGAGGGCCGCCGCCGCCGCCGCCGCCGCCUCGAGCGUCUUCCCCAGGCUGGCCUACCCGCUCCGCGCGGCCUCCGUCGCCCCUGGCGUGGCUCGGUCCUUCAACACCAGCUCUCAGAUGAGGCGCUACGACGACGACAACGACGUCGACGCGAGCGAUAGCGGCGACGACCUCUCCCGCCGCUCCGAUCGUUCCGUCUUCUGCCGCCACCAGCCUGGUCUGUUUUCAGAUGUAUUCGAUCCGUUCUCGACGACUCGGAGCCUGAGCCAGGUGCUGAACCUGAUGGACCAGUUCGUGGAGAACCCGUUCCUCGCCGCAUCGCGUGGCGUGGGAGCGGCCGGAUCGAGGAGGGGCUGGGACGUGAAGGAGGAUGAGGACGCCCUCUACCUCCGGAUGGACAUGCCCGGCCUCAGCAGGGAGGAUGUGAAGGUCUCCGUGGAGCAGAACACCCUGACAAUCAAGGGCGAGGGCGAGAAGGAGUCCGUGGAGGAGGAGAGCGGGAGGCGGUACUCGAGCAGGCUGGAUCUGCCGCCGAACCUGUACAAGCUCGGGGAGAUCAAGGCGGAGAUGAAGAACGGUGUGUUGAAGGUGGCAGUCCCCAAGGUGAAGGAAGAAGAGAGGAAGGAUGUUUUCCAGGUCAAGAUUGAGUGAAAUGCUGAGAAAUUCAAACACAGGGGAUUCCUCUUGGGGGUGAAGGUGCCAUUUUUCCUUUUUUUCUCUAGCAGUGAAGUUGUGUCUGGUGUUUCGAGUGAAGACUCUUUAGAAAAUAAUAGAUAAGAGAAGCAAGAUGAUGCGUGUUCUUCCGCUUGCUUGGGUUCUUGAUGAGUUUGGAGUCCUGUCUUUUUGUAAAGCCUUGACAGAUGAUAUGUUUCUUCAAUGAAAAUCGGAGGAAUUUGACUAA